AUGAGAGAGUUUUGUUUCAUUGUUUGGCCAGAGGGAGCGUGUGGAGGUGAUAGUGGGGUCUAUCAGACCCUGAAUGAUUGUGACAAUAGUAUUAGAAUCCAUGUUACCUUCUUGUAUUUACAUAAAAUGCCACCAAUCCGAGGGAAGAGACCUUUAGAUCCUCCUUGUCGAGAUCGAUGCGAAAUCAGUCUUGUGCGCGUCCCACCCACGAUGGAGUCCAAUAGCACGGGAGAUAGAGAGGAGUGGGUUGUGUAA